GACAGCUGAUUUUUAUUCUGUACAAAAUAUACAAAAAACAAAACACCAAAAAAGUUCGUUUACUUUUUCGAAUGAAAUCGAAAGAGUGGUGUAGCAAUGAACAUUCCGGUCGAUUGUUGGCAACAUUUUCCACCGUUGAACUGUAAUCACACACAAAAUCAAAUGCAUGUUCAACGAAACCAUCGAAGAUGGGCUCGUACCCGAUUUGGCAUCACAUUCAGAUACGAUCGUCGUUAUUCACACCCAUUCAAAUUGAUGUCAUACAACAUUUUGGCACAAACAUUAAUUGAAAAGCAUCCGUAUUUAUACACAACACAUUAUCAACCAUAUCUUGAAUGGCCGCAUCGAUUGCAAUGUCUACGGAACGAAAUUUUAAAUAUAAAACCUGAGAUUUUGUGUCUACAAGAGGUGCAAGAAUCACAUUUGGACGACAUCGCAAUGGCACUGAAACCAAUGAACUACGACAAACCGCUCUAUAAACAGAGAACCGGCAUUGAUUACUACGAUGGAUGUGCAAUAUUUUACAAUCCACAGCUAUUUAAAUUAAUCGAUCAUCAUUACGUUGAAUUUUAUCAGCCGGGUGUUAAGGUUCUCGAUCGAUGUAAUGUUGCAAUCAUAGCCAAAUUUGCAUCACGUCGAUUGAAAAAUAUUCAAUUCAUUGUUGCCACAACGCAUUUGCUGUACAAUCCCAAAAGAGAUGACGUACGAACCGCACAAUUACAGAUAUUGCUAGCCGAGCUCGAUCGAAUGUCGGUGCAUACAGAAACUCAGGAACCAUUGCCAAUCAUUUUAACGGGUGAUUUUAAUAGUUUACCAUCAUCCGAACCGUAUAAACUCGUACAUCAAGGUCGUACAAAUUCGGUAAAUUUGCCACUUGAACUUGGCAUUACGGAUGAUUGUCAACAUAUGAAUGUAACGAUUCAUCAAAAUCGAAAAACCACAGCCUUAUUUCAUAGUGAUAAAAAGACAAACGAUGCAACCGAAACCGUUUCAGACGACGUUAGCGAUUCUACUGACAAAACAGCAGUUGCAAAAACUGUUGAAACAUCUGGACUGCCAUACAAUACUGGCUCAUUAUGGCAUAUGCUAAAUCUCACACCGACACUGUAUAAUAUGGAAUCGAAUAAUAUAGCAUCGACAUAUCAAAACAAAUGGAUUUUAGUUGACUACAUAUUUUAUACAAAAUAUUCACGUCGCACCGUUGGACCCGUUGUGAUACCACAAACAUUUUCAUCGCUCAAAUUAUUGGCCAACUUUGAAUUGCCAUACGUUCAAAACUGCCAGAGAAUGGGAUGCAUACCAAAUUCAAUUUAUGGCUCUGAUCAUUAUUCAAUGGCAUCCGAAUUUGUGCUGAUGAAUCGGUGAAACAAACCGACAAAGCUCACGCUAAUACAACAAAAAAUUAAAUUCUUUCAAAGAACAUUUAUAAGUCGUUAAUAAUAA